GAUCAGAUCAGAGAUCAAAAAUCAGCGCCCAUUCGAGGCGCCUGAUCUGAUGCGCGUCUCGCAAUAAUUUAAAUAGUGCGCAUUUGCCACUCUCUCUCCUCAUCAAUCAACUACUCAAGUAAAAAUGUCAGGAAGAGGAAAAGGCGGCAAAGGUCUCGGAAAGGGUGGUGCUAAGCGUCACCGUAAGAUUCUCAGAGAUAACAUCCAAGGUAUUACCAAACCAGCUAUUCGUCGUCUCGCUCGUCGUGGUGGUGUUAAGCGUAUCUCCGGUUUAAUCUACGAAGAAACCCGUGGUGUUCUCAAGGUCUUCUUGGAAAAUGUCAUCAGAGACUCUGUCACCUACACAGAACACGCAAAGAGAAAGACUGUCACUGCACUCGACGUUGUCUACGCACUCAAGAGACAAGGAAGAAUCCUUUACGGUUUCGGUCAAUAAGCUUAUCCAGAUUAUAUAAUACCUGUACUUUAUGUGUAUUUUAUGAAAAACUUCACUACGACCU